UACACGUCCUGUUUGAUCUUAUGAACGGUCAUACAUUGGAAUUGAUUCAAAUCAUUAAAUAAAAAUUAUUAUUUCUCGUUUAGUCAGUUGUGGUUUUUUGUUUGAUGUCAGAGGUUCAAUAUUUUUUUUGCUAUGGAGACGUCACAAAAAAUAGCUCUUUCAAAAUGCAAUAGAAUAUUGAAGAAAAAUAUUACUAAUCUUGGAGAGGUAAUGGAUUUUUUACUGCAGUAUGGUUGUCUGACUUGGGAUGAACGGAACAGAAUUGGCAUGGAAAAAUCUUCAGAUGAACAAUGCCAACAUCUUCUAGAUGUUAUGAUUCGAAGAGGAAGGAAAUGUUAUGAAUAUUUUCUGGUGGCGUUAACUUCUUCGGGAAAUAAUCACAUUGCAGAGGAAAUCAAAAAUACGCACGAAAAAGGUGCUGAAGAGUGGAAAUUAAAAUCAAUGGAGGAAAAUAUAUCGGAGAAAAACGAUACCAUUAAUGAUUUGAUAAGCCGGGUCAACAAAUUGGAGGGUCAACUUCUCCUGAAGUCGGAGAAGGUGGAAGAGGCACACGAGGAAAGAAUAAAAACAUUAGAAGAUAUAAAGACACUCAAAGAACACACAGGUCAGCGAGAUAGUGAUAUCAGAGCGCUCAUCACAAAAAAUGAAGAACUCGAGAGAAUAAUUCAAAAUCUUAAUGCUCAUAUUGAUUACCUUAAAAAGGAAAUACAAUUGAAAGACUAUGCGAUAGAGCGAAUAGAGACUGAUAGGAGAAAAACUGAAAGUGAACAUACAAAAGCCAUGCAGGAUCUGAGGGGACAGCAACAAGAAACACAUGGGGUUUGCGAAGAACUCAUGGAAAGGCUGACUUGCCAAUCAAAAGAUAUCAAAGCUUUAACCAAAGCUUUUCAGAAUGCCAACAACAAAGGCGAAAAUCAUAAAAACAGUGCACCUAAACACCAUCAACUGAGGAGAGAAAACACAGUGGGUUCAUGUAAGAAAGAUCCACAUUAUCUUAACGGACGAAUGUCAACAUAUGCUGUAAAUACGCCAUCGUCGAAAAACAGAAAAUCAACUGAUUAGCUUGUAUAUAGCCGAAUAUGUACAUACCUGAUCACGAUUUUCAAACAAACCUACAAUUUGUAGGUAUUUUCAUAUCUUGUUUUGCUCCAUAAUUAUGAAGAAAUUAAGAUCGGAGGAAGUCUGCACAGAUUUAUCACAAAACGUGCCAUUGUUUGACAUGCUGGUGAUUGUAUAUAAUUUCUCUUGAAAUUUUAUAAUUUGUCAUUUGAAUGUUAAAGAUAUUCAACAUCAUUUGUAUAUUCUCUGCCGUUGAUAUUUUCUCUUUUGUUGUUGUUGAUUUCCUGUUUAUUUUGAUUGAAUAAAAUAAGUAUUAUGACAGUUGAAUAAAGAUAU